AUGGCACAAAGAAGUAAAUUUUUAGAGAGCUUGAAAAAAAAUAUAAUUAAUCAGAAAGAAGUAAAUUAUCCGCCUAUUGCUGAUUCUGAAGUGAAAUCGAUGGAAAUACUACAUGAAAAUAACUCACAAUAUGUAAUUAGUCAAAAUUUAGGUUUACAAGACGAUUUACAGAAAAAGACCGAAAAUCCUCUGGAUAGUUCACAGGAAACGAAUGAAAAUUCAGAUUUACAACAACAAUGUAUUGUGCAAGAAAUUAACACUUCAGAUAUGCAACAACUUCAGAAAAUUCAUUCAUCAGCUAGCCGUGACUCUAAUUCCACAAGUUCUUCAUCCAGCUCGUCUUCUUCUGGAAAAGGUUAUUCUUCUGAUGACAGCGUAGCAGAUCCAAAUUUCAAUAUAAGUAAAGAUUUUAAUUUAUCACAAAGUGAUUCUGAUUCUGAGCCAUCCCAAGCUGAAAAUACAUCGGUUCAAUUAAUCCAAACAGUUGAAUUACAGACCGAGCAAGUUUCUCCGAAAAAGAAUCCACGUAAACGUCUAGCUAAGCCCAACAAAAUGGAAAACAAAUUAAUUAAAACGAUUGAGGCAUGCAGGUAA